UAUCUAUCCACCUGUCGUUGAUGUCUUGGAAAGCUAGCUUUCAGCAAGGUGUCUCUAACUUCAAGAGAAAUAAAUACUCAGAAGCCCUUGCUUUCUUCGACGAAGCCAUUUCACUCGGCUGUGACUCCUUCACCAUUUAUGAUUCUCGUGCUGCCGUGCACGAGAAACUUGGGAACAAUAAGGCCGCUCUCAUUGACGCGAAGAAAGUUGUGGAUACUGCUCCGGAUCGUUGGCAAGGCUAUGCUCGCUCAGCACGUCUCUUUCAUGCGCUUAACAAGGACGAGGCGGCCCUCAAAAUGAUUGACCUUGCUUUCGAGCGCAUCAAAGCAGACGAUGUCCAACGUCGUCAAGAACUUGAUGCAUUGAAGUCGCAAGCAAUCGAUUCCCUAAAGGCUGCUAAAGAAAGACGGCGAGCGCGCAUUGCAAAGACAGCAUACCACAUCGGCAAGUUGCCUGUGGAAAUCUUCUCGGAGAUCUUUGGUCUCGUAAUCGCUGCCGACCAUGCGCAGAUUCUCAAGUUGACACAUGUCUGCAAACAUUGGCGUGGCAUAGCUAUCAAGACUCCUUCGCUUUGGCAGACCCUGGUGGUUUCGAAGAACCAUCCCGCUAGAAAGAUACAAUUAUGGGUGCAGCGAGCUCGAACCCAGAUAUCGGACCUUUCUUUCCAUCAUAAUAUACCAGAGAUGGAAUGGUCAUCCAUCCUCUCGGAACUCACGCCAUUAUCUUGGUAUUCCCUUCGUUCUCUCGCAGUAUCUGGAACCUUGUUCUCCCGAAUACACAAUCUGCUCCACCAACUGUCCAAGACAGAAAUCAUUUCGCGUCUCGAGCAUCUGGAUAUCACAGGGUGUGAGGGUUUCGAGAAAUUCUUGCCAGACUUCGAAGACUCUCACCUAGAGACCUUGAAAGUCGACACCUUUACCCGUUCGAUGAACCAGCUAUGGAGUCGGGUGCAUCGGCUCAAAACUAUGAGCAUCGACGCAGGAUUAGUGGAGAUACUCCCGGCUUUAAAGGCCAAUCCAUCACUGGAGAACCUCAUACUUUAUGAUUUAGUCCCAGUCCCAGUGCAGUCAGACGGCGACAGCUGUAUGCAACUUUCCGACCUCCGAUGCAUGAAACUGUUCAACAUUCAAUUGGUCUCUUUGAUCACUCGCGUUGUCGUCGCACCCAAUUUGCAAGUCCUGCACUUGUUCUCCAUUGGCCGUUCAUCCGACGUGCUCCUGGCAUUUGCGCACGCCGAUCCUCUUCGGGCUUUGAGGGAGCUCCGGGUUGGAAGUUGCACCACUACCGCCAGUUCGCUGAAGAUCAUCCUCGCUGGCGCGCCUUUAUUGGAGACCCUGCAGAUAUCAAGGAUACACGGAGUCGUCAAUGAUGUACUUGACUUCAUUUCUGGUACACAUCCAAACGAUAAUAAUCAAGACGUGUGCGCCUCCUUGAAGCAUGUCGACCUCUCUAGCUGUGACGACCUGCUCACCCGAAGUGCUUAUUCCCUUGUCAAGACUCGCCUGCACGCUGAUCAGCCCGUCACUGUGGAUGGGAAUCAGCCUGGGUGCAGGUCCGAAAUUGAGUCAUUGCGGUUGGAUGGUUGUCCUCUUAUCGAAGCAGAUAUGCUGCCGUGGUUCAGAAGAAAAGUUCAAGUGUUUAGCUGCGUGUAUAUGUCGAAAAAGGAAGCCAAACAGAGACGUUGAGGAGCCUCACCUGCGCAGGUACCAAUCUAAAGUUUAUGAAAAAUACCCGUAGUAACUUGUUGUUUUACUUUGCUAUGAUUGGGGUUUCUAUUGUUUUCAAGGACCGCGUACUUAGACGAGACAUC